ACGAUUGCUGUAAACCGUAACCACUUGAUAACGGGGCAAUUUCGUCUUGAGGAGAUUGUGUCUAACACAAGCCUCGACUUAACCCACUUCAAAAAUUUUCUUUUCUUUUGGAUAUUCUGUCUGAAUUUCUGAAUCCCACAUCUGCGGAAUCAACAUUCUCUUUGCAUCAAUCUCUGGUUUUCGGGAUAUGAGUGAAAAUACGGAACCUGGGCAGAUCGGCGAUACAAGGGAACCGUUCAGAGGAGGUGUGAAGAUAUUCGGAGUUUACCUAACCGAAGAGACGAAGCAGGUGAGAGAUGGGGACAACACUGUUAGCUCUGUCGGUCUCGAAGACAGCGAGAUCGGUUCUUGUGAUUGUGAACCUCCUCUUAAGAGAAGAAACAAAGGAGUGAUUUGGACCGAAGAAGAGCACCAGCUGUUUCUGGAAGGACUUGAAAAGCUGGGGAAAGGGGACUGGAAAGGAAUUGCUACGAGAUAUGUAAAGACGAGGUCAUCGACACAAGUCGCUAGCCAUGCCCAGAAGCACUUCAUCCGACAGGAAAAACCCGACCAGAAGAAACAAAGACGUAGCAUCUUCGACACUCCCUUCUGCAGUGAAACUAGAAGCCCUCGGGAUUCAGAAGUAGCCAAUCCUUCAGGCGGGACACCGUCAUUGCCUCAGCAAAAGGCAUGUGUAAGUACAAGCGGCAGUACGGUUACCACGAACAAUGGAAUCAACUCUUAUGCUUUGCCAAUGUGGCCCAGACCAAUGGGCGUGAAGCAGGUGAAUUCGUUGGAGUAUAUGUGGGGAUAUCCAUGUUACAGGAUGUUUGAAUUCAUGGCUCCAUUUGUCCCGUCGAGCGCUCGAAUUGAGAGGCGGCAUUAAGCUCUGGAAGGACGGACAGUCAGCCCUAGGAAGCUUGCUUGCUUCUCACGCUAACCAUAAGAUUGUAUAGUGAUUUUCUGCUUUAUUUUUUAAAAUUAUAUAUACAUAAUAAUAAUGAUAAUAACCUAAUUAUUAGAAGUUCUAA